AUGCGUCCAUUAUAUUUACAACCAUAUGCUCCUCAACAACAGCAACCACCAACAUAUCAUCAUAUUAAACCACAAAUUCAACGUAAACCAAUGUUAUUUGGAUCCAAUCAUCGAAAACAAAAUUAUUUACAUAAAUUUCAGACAGGUACUACUACUACUUUUAAUGGAUAUACUAAUUUUUCAAGUACACGUACAACUAAUUUACCACCACCACCACCACGUCGAAAUUUACCACCUCCACCUCCACCACCAUCACGUACAAUAUACCAUCGUAAUCCUUAUCACAAUAAUUAUAAUAAUCGUUAUUACCAUCAUCGUCGUCAUUACAAUAAUUUUAAUAAUGCUCAAAAUUUACCAUCAUUACUUGAUUUACAUCCAUUCCAUUUACCACCACCACAACACACCCGAUCUUUUAUUAAUGCCCAACAUUAUCAUUCCAAUCACCAACAACAUUUUCCACGUUCAUUAUCACGAUCCCGUUUUCAUGUUUUAUCCCAAUUACCAUCAAAAUCACGGUCCCGCUCACGUUCUUACCAACGUCCAUUACCACCACCAAUUAAGCCCCGUCGUAUUCAUCAUCAUCAACAACAACAACAACAAUUUAAUCGUCACCGAUACCAACAACAACAACAACGUACUACCAUACCAUCAUACAACAAUACCAAUAAUAAUAUUAAUAAUAAUAAUUACAAUGGAAUUAAACGUACUUUACAAGGCAUUAUAUUAUCAGAUUCUAUGUGUGCAAGAUUACGUACAUAUGCCAUUAGAAAAUUACCAUUAUAUGAUAUU